GUUGGAGCUACUAAACCUGGCUGAAUGUCCAGUCCACUCUAUCCCGGAAGUCCCAUCAAUCCAGUCCAAUGAGUCCAGUGAGUCCCAUGAGUCCGGUGAGUCCAUAGAGUCCAACAUUCCUCAGAACAAAAACCUGGAGUCCAAUCAAUCAAUCAACGCUUAUAUCAAUGACAAUGAUCAGAUAAAUCAGAUCAAUCACUUGGACGAGAUGAAUCUUAACAUUCAGUCCUUAAACGUUUCCACCACAGCGAUCAAUUCCUGGCAGGAAGUGGAGAAAUUAAGAAACUACAAAAAUCUUUCAGAUCUCAGAAUUCAGGGUUGUAAAUUUCUGGAAGAAUAUCCCUUGGCAGAACGGCGAAUGAUGCUUAUAGCUCGCCUACCAAAUAUCAAGGUUCUCAACGGAGGAGACACGAUUUCUCCGAAUGAAAGAGAGGACGCAGAGAGAGCGUUUAUCCGGUACUACUUUGAUACAGACCCGGAGAAACGUCCUGCUAGGUUUGAUGAGCUGGUUCAGAUCCAUGGACUUUUGGAACCUUUAGUCAAUGUAGAUCUUUCACCAGAGGUGAAUAUUAGUGUCAAAAUCUUCUAUGAAGACGACUGUAGAACUGAAAAGAUUUCUGUUCGACAAACUGUUAAGCAGUUCAAGAAAUAUAUUCAGAAACUUUUUGGAAUCCUACCACAGAACAUGAGACUUUAUUUCUGUGAUCAAGAAAUAAAUCAAUCAGAGGAAAUGAAGUAUUCGGGACAGGAAUUGUACAUGUACAAAGUAAAAGAAGGCGACCAUUUUGUUGUACAGAAGAAAGCCAUUAUCAGCACCAGAAAAUCCUCCAACCCAUCACAGCUGAUUUUCGGGCCGCCCAGCCCACACAAAUCCCCUACCAGUCCCAAGCAAUACUCGAACAAGGGGUUCACUAAUUCUAACAAGGGGUUCACUAAUUCUAACAAGGGGUUCACUAAUUCUAACAAAGGGUUCACUAAUUCUAACAAAGGUUUUUCUACGAUUAACCAGAUGAGAAAUGAGACUAACUCUGGAUAUACAUCCCUCAACGCUAGGACAGGAGAGAAAACUAAUUUUAGAGAGAGAACCCCGUCAGCUGAUAUUCCACAAGGAACAGGUGUGAAAAAGUCCCCGGUGUCUCGAAAUCUGUUUAAAUAGAAAAUAUAUCUCAGAAUUAGAUCAGUAUUAAAGAUUCAGAAAUGCUAGAUCGCAACAUCACCUACAGCAGCUCAAAAAUAAACCAAAAAACAGAGAAAAAACUUUUCUUUUUUCCUUUGUAACCAAACUGUUUUAAGAUAUGACUUCUGUAAAGAAACAAACGAACUUUUUCUUAAUAAAAAAUAAAAAAUUUAAGUUUACCAGCUUAAGAAAUAAUACCAAAAUAGAGCAACAUAUUUUUUUUCGAACACUGAAUUAUUUUUUGAUCUUGAAUAUUAAAAAUCUACAAUAUUAUUAUACCUAUCUACUCAAUUGUCAAUUAUUGUAUUCAAUUAAUAUCAUAUUAUUAUGAUAUUAUUGUAUUAUGUAUUGCUUGUAUGAUAUUAUAGUAUUAUAUUGUAUUCCAGUGGUUUGAUUUUUUGUAUACGACGUAUAAUAUUUUUCAUAUUGUAUAGACUGAGGCCGAAUUUAAAGAAUUGGAGCCGCUGCUUAAAUUUAAACCGCGGCU